AUGACGAAGGGUACUACAUCGUUCGGUAAACGGUUGAACAAAACCCACACCCAGUGUCGCCGCUGUGGUCGAAGAGCAUUCCACAUUCAAAAGAAGAAAUGUGCUUCUUGUGGGUACCCCAGUGCUCGGAUGCGUGGCUAUAACUGGUCAGAGAAAGCACGUCGUCGACGCACAACAGGUACUGGCAGAAUGCUGCACCUGAAAAGUGUCCACAGGCGAUUUAGACAUGGUUUCCGCUCCGGUCCUCCGAAGCCUGUCAAGUCCGGUUAA